GAAAAGAAGAUUAACUGAAUGAGCUCAGAAAUACCACUACACGAGCUUUUAGACAUGGAAUUUCGUUUUGUUCCUUAUUUUGCCAAAUUACAUUUAGCCAAAAUGUUCAAACAAUCAUCUGGUCCAAAUUAACCUCUGCAGGCAGCAACACAAGCAGGGAUGUCAUGCGUGGUUACCUACACACCUUCCACAGCUGAUCAGGUGAGGUAAUUAAGUCAACCUUGAAAUAAGUUUAACAACAAAAUGCCAAUAACUAUCCAUGCAGAUUGUUCAUUUAUGAUCAGUUACUAAAAUUGUGUGAACCAUCAUGCAGAUUGAAAGAUUUGGAAUUACUGCUUCAAAAUGCAGUACCUGCGAAGUAAAAGAUUUUCUUGUAAAUGUUACCAUUUCUGCUGACCUAAAGUCAGUUUAGAAACACAAAACACGUCUGAAAGGAAAAUUAAAGCAUCAACCUCAUUGUUGAACUUCCUUAUUUGAGAGAUUUCCCUCUCACCUGCUGAGUACUUCUCCACUAAGAUCCUAUCUUUCUCAAUUUUAAAAUAGGUUUAUGGCUGAUCCAUCUUCACCUACACCACCACAAAGUGAGGAACAAAGUCAAUCGUCUACCAAACCCAAGUGUAGACGUGCGACUAGGCUAAAAGACUUGACUUUUAGUCGUGAUGGUGAUCAGAAAUUGCCCAUUCAAUUUGAUAUGAGAACAGGAAAAGUUAUUGGAGACAACCGUGCAAGAUUCACUAGCUAUGUGGCCUUACUUGGUAGAAGUAAGGCUAGUAUUCUUAUUGACAAAUGGGACCAGGUUCCUGAAGAAGUGAAGAACAAAAUAUGGCAAACUAUCAUGGAUGACUUAGUGGAAAAAAGCACUCAAGGCUCAUUCACUCAAGAAGGCCGAGAUGACAUAUUAGCUGUUGCCAUUGGACGUCCGGAGCAUCCAGGAUAUAUCCGUGGUGUUGGACGAGGGGUAGGACUCAAGCAAUUCUUUGGUGGUCCUAGUCGAAAAGUUACUAUAGCACAGCUUAGUGAAUCUGAUAAAAAGGUGCUGAAAAAUGAGUUUAAGAAAGAAUUGUUCCCAGAGUUUAAGAAAGAAUUGAUCCCAGAAUUGAGACAAGAGAUAUUGUCAGAAAUCAAAUCAGAGAUGGCAUCCUUAGGAUUGACUAUUCAAGGUCCACCAAAGGUGGCUUCCAAUGUUGCUAGCACAAAGUGGAGCUGUCCUCUUCCUGAGGAAUCAGGGGAUGGUGUUGAUGUCCCUAUUGAUUGUGAAUUGUAUGUUGAUGAUCCCCAUUGGCAUUUGGUGGCUUUAGGUAAAAUAUAUAAUUUGGGAAGCACCAUUCACCAUGAGGCUAUUAAAGAUGAUAUGUUGCGAGUGGUGGUUGUAGAUAUUAAAGAUUCUUCUACUCGUGUUCCUCUGCCUAGUGAGGAGGUUCAAACAGUGGGACAAGCUCCAGGAAAUUUUAUCAUUUGGCCAGCUAGAUUGACAAAGCCAAUUGUAGACGUUUCUAAGAAGACAAACAUUGUUACACCUCCACAACCACAAUUGUCUCCUCUCCAACAACUUNUCUUUAAUGAUUCAUCUCCAAUGGAAACUGCANACAUUGAAGACAUUANAAUGAAUUGGGCUUCUUUUCUUUUAAGCAUUAGUAGAAACUUAGCUACACUUCAAUAG